UCCACCCCUCUCUCUUUCAGCGUGUCUCUAUCUUCCAUUCUCCUCACCCAUUUCUGAUUUUUCUGUUCUUCACUGUACUUACAUUACCAAAAAACUAAAUUCUCCAUUUAUUUUUGGACAAUCCAAACAGAUUCUACAAUUGAAGUAAAAAUCCAAUCUCCCCUUUCAGUAGCUCGAUUCAGAUAAUUGGUUAACCUAUAUUCAAAUCAUUCUGCUCACCUACCCACAUUUCCUUAAUCCUCAUCUACCCUUCCCAAGAUUAAACCUUUUUCCCACUACAUUUUCUGUUUCUUCAAUAGCAUUAAAUUUUGCUCAAUUUUUUACCCAAAAAAAAGGAGAUUUCUUACCAAGUGGGUCCAAUUUCUGUUUUCUCCCCACAUUUUUUUCGACAAUGUCGAAGUGGGUACCUCAAAACCCCACCAGAAUCACUUCUAAUCCAUCUGGGUAUUUCAGUUUAUGCCUUUAGCUUGGAUUUUGUUUAGAUAUUUUUUUAAAAAAACAUUUUGGACCUAAAUUAUGGCUCUAAAAGCUGAUACAAUCAUUUUGGGAUGUGGGGUUCUUUCAUCAUCCCCUGAUUUGGGCAGUAGACCUUGUUUUGGAGGGUUAAGUUUUAGGAGAGAUCUUAAGAAAUUAGGGAAAUGGGAGUGUUUUUGUGGUGUUUUGGGACAAAGGGCAAUCACCCCUGUUGAUGAUGAGAAGCCAUUGAAGUCUGCUCAGCCUCCUCAAUCUUCUGGGGUGAUUCAGAAAACUGAGCAUUCUGGGUUUCAUAGGGAUUUGAAUUCUCUUCCCAAACCAUUGUCUGCCUCUGAUCUCUCUACGUCUCGCAAUGGUGGCUCAAAAGUCCGGGUUGCUUAUCAAGGGGUACCAGGAUCAUAUAGUGAGGAUGCUGCUCUAAAAGCAUAUCCAAAUUGCGAGACUGUUCCUUGUGACGGAUUUGAAGCUGCUUUUAAGGCAGUUGAGUUGUGGUUAGUGGAUAGAGCAGUUAUACCUAUUGAGAAUUCUGUGGCUGGUAGUAUUCACCGCAAUUAUGAUUUACUCCUCCGGCAUAGGCUACAUAUAGUGGGUGAAGUUCAGUUAGAUGUUAACCAUUGUCUGAUGGGGUUGCCUGGCAUCAGAAAAGAGGAUCUAAAGCGUGUAUUGAGUCACCCUCAGGCGCUUGAUCAGUGUGAAAAGACUCUGAGCAACUUGGGUCUUACUAGAAUUAGUGCUGAUGAUGCUGCUGGUGCUGCACAGGUUGUAGCUUUGGAGCGUGAAAGAGAUACAGGUGCGGUGGCUAGUGCUCGUGCUGCAGCUAUAUAUGGCCUUAAUAUUCUCGAAGAAAGAAUACAGGAUGACAAGGAUAAUGUUACCCGUUUUAUGAUACUUGCCAGAGAGCCUAUUAUUCCGGGCACAGAUAAGCCUUAUAAGACUAGCAUUGUCUUCUCUUUGGAGGAAGGCCCUGGUGUACUUUUCAAGGCCUUGGCAGCAUUUGCUCUUCGAAAUAUUAAUUUAACAAAGAUUGAGAGCAGACCGCAAAGGAAACGUCCGCUUCGCAUUGUGGAUUCCUCAAAUAAAGGAAGUCCCAAAUAUUUUGACUACCUUUUCUAUAUUGAUUUCCAAACAUCAAUGGCAGCUCCUGAAGCCCAAUAUGCUUUGGGGCAUCUUCAGGAGUUUGCUAGCUUUCUUCGAGUCCUCGGCAGUUAUCCGAUGGAUCUCCAAUAAACAGCCUUGUUCAUCUGAGUCAUUCGAGCUGGAUAAAGCUCGCCAAUUCUUUUUUCACCCGGUACAUAUGCUUCACUUCAUUGACGCGAGCUAGAAUUUUGCCGAAGCAGCUUAUUUCGUGUCUCUCUGUAUUCACUCCAUUCAUUUUUACUGCAUUUAAAAGGAUAAAAGCUCUGAAAAAAUAUUGAUGUUAAAAAAACAUAGAGCAUAAGCUGCUUAAUUGCUGCAGGUCAAAUUCAAGGGGGAAGGCAAAACAAGACACCUUUAGCACAGGAAACUUUUGUUAGCUUUUUUUUUGGGGUACUUAUUGAGCUACUAAUUGUACAUUAUUAGUUGAUGACCACAAUUUUAAAAUUUGCUAAUUAUUUUUCUGCGAAGUUUAAUAAA